ACCGGUUUUCAUUUCCACCUAAACGUUGCCCUUGACUUCCUCUAGUAGGUGAUAUGGAAAGUUAAGCGUCGAAAGGGUUCUGACUUUAAAAGAGCCUGUUAUUUGUCACAAUGUGGUUUCUGCCUGACGAGGCGAAAGGUUUGCCUCCACCAAAUAUCGUUAACAGAAAUUCGUUGUGGUUCGGUCUGAUCGGCUGGGUGUCCGCGAUGCUGCACAACUCCUGUAACCGCAGGCCUGCGCUCAAAGCAGGUGUUCAUCGCCAAUUGCUGAUGACAACUGUCGGGUGGUUCGUUGGCUAUCAUCUCACAAAAAUUGUGAAUUAUAAAACCGCCAAAUUGGACACAGAAAUGUUUGAGUACGUCCGGCAGCAUCCUGAGGGAUUUGCACAGAAAGAACCGAAGACAUUUGCUGAAAUCGUGGAGCCUUUUCAUCCCAUUCGUUGAAAGGAUGCAGUUGCCACAAGGAACGUGAAGACUAUUUUUGCAAAUCUGGUUGAACAGGUUUACUAUUAAAUAUACUCUGUUGAUUUA